AUGAAUGACAUCAAGUUGGCUCUGCUAGGGAGCGAGGGUGCUGGUAAAACAGCUCUCCUGGUGAGAUUCCUGACAAAACGUUUUAUCGGAGAAUAUGCCUCCAGUGCCAAUUCUUUCUACAAUAAAAGGAUGUCCAUCGACGGGAGACAGUUAAAUUUGGAAAUAUUUGAUCCAUGUUCACAGAGUGGAAGCAGCAGAUGCAUCCUGGAGGAGUCUGCGAGCUGGGCAGAUGGAUUUGUGCUUGUGUAUGACAUCAGUGACCGAAUGUCCUUCCUCCACGCCAAAAGCAUCCUGCGGCAGAUCAGAGAGGCCCGAGAGGAGAGCCGUAAGGGACUGGUGGAUGCUCCAGUCUUCUUGGUGGGGAACAAGCAGGACCUGUGCAACGCUCGGCAGGUACAUGGGGAGGAGGGCCGAUCCUUGGCUCAGGAGCAUGCCUGCCACUUCCAGGAGGUGUCUGCAGCGGAGGACUACUUAGAGAUAUACAACCUCUUCACUAAGCUCAUUCGUCGUGUAAUGGAGAACCUUAAGCACCGUGCAGACCGCAGACGUUACAGUGGCUCCAAGUCCAUGGCAAAACUCAUCAAUAAUGUCUUUGGUAAAAGGCGGAAGUCUGUCUGAUGGAGGAAAUCAGUGGUUACUGAUUAUAAUAUAUGUAACUAUACGCACUCUUUGU